AAACUACACACACAGACUCACCUUUCGAGCAUUAAGCCCUCUCUUCGCGGUUACAGACCUUCAAUAUAUCCCAUCACCACAGCAAAACAGCACAGCAAACAUGUCGAGUACACUCCAACGGCUCCAGGAGUCCUUGAACUCGGCCAAAGAGUCAGCCUCCCACAAGAUCAACGAUGUUACGACGACGAACAACAAGAUUCUCGACAUGUGGCCCAACACAUUUGAUGCCAUGAAGUCGAGCAACAGAAUGACCACCGACCACGGAGUCAAAGUCCAGGACACAGACCAUUGGCUGCAGGUUGUGUCGGACAAGCAGCAGGGCCCUUUUCUGCUGGAGGACCAGAUUUCGCGGGAGAAGAUCAUGAGAUUUGACCACGAGAGAAUACCCGAGCGUGUCGUACAUGCUCGCGGAACUGGCGCUCACGGCUACUUCAAGCUGCAUACACCCAUCCCGGAGUUGUCCUCGGCUGGAGUCCUCAAUGACACUUCCCGCACAACUCCCAUCUUUGUCCGUUUCUCGACUGUCCUCGGCUCCAGGGGAUCAGCCGACACAGUCCGAGAUGUACGAGGCUUCGCCAUGAAGUUCUAUACCGACGAGGGUAACUGGGAUAUCGUUGGAAACAACAUCCCCGUCUUCUUCAUCCAGGACGCCAUCAAGUUCCCCGAUGUCAUCCACGCUGCAAAGCCUGAACCCCACGUUGAAAUUCCCCAGGCCCAGACUGCUCACGACAACUUCUGGGACUUCCAGUACCUUCACCCCGAAACCUCCCACAUGUUUAUGUGGACUAUGAGUGACCGAGCGAUCCCUCGCUCUUACCGCAUGAUGCAAGGCUUCGGAGUUAAUACUUUCACUCUCAUCAACGCCCAGGGUGAGAGGCACUUUGUCAAGUUUACCUACACCCCAGAACUCGGUGUUCAUUCCCUCGUUUGGGACGAGGCUUUGAAGCUGGCUGGUCAAGACCCCGAUUUCCAUCGCAGGGACUUGAUCGAAGCCAUCACAAACCGAUGCUACCCCAAGUGGAGGUUCGGAAUCCAGGUCAUCAAGGAGGAGGAUCAGCACAACUUCGACUUUGAUAUCCUUGAUGCCACAAAGAUCUGGCCCGAGGACCUCAUUCCCGUCCGCAACAUCGGUGAAUUCGUCCUCAACCGCAACGUCGAUGAGUUUUUCCCCGAGACCGAGCAGGUCGCCUUCUGCACCUCCCAUGUCGUUCCGGGAAUCGGCUUCUCCGACGACCCUCUUCUCCAGGGCCGUAACUUCUCCUACUUCGAUACCCAGAUCUCCCGUCUCGGUGUCAACUUCGCCCAGCUCCCCAUCAAUAAGCCAGUUUGCCCGUUCAUGAACUUCAACCGAGACGGCGCCCAGAACCACCACAUCCACAAGGGCACCGUGAACUAUUGGCCCAACCGCUUCGAGGCCACUCCUCACGCGAAGCACACCGGUGAAACCGAUGCCUACCGAGAGUUCCGCCAAAACAUCGUGGGAAUGAAGGAGCGUAUGCACGCGCCCAAGUUCAAGGAGCACUUCAACCAAGCCCAGCUCUUCUACAACUCCAUGUCCCCCCACGAGAAGAUGCACAUGCAGGGCGCGCUCGCCUUCGAGCUCGCCCGCUGCGAGGACCCCAUCGUGUACAAGCGGAUGUCUGAGCGUCUCGCGGAAAUCGACCUUUCGCUCGCCCAAUCCGUCGCCAAAAUGGUAGGCGGCGACAUCCCAGAGACCUCGCAGCGCAAAAAUCACGGCAAGUCCGCGCCUCGCAUCUCGCAGACCGAGUUCCCCGGCGACACUCCCACCAUCGUCUCCCGCCGCAUCGCGAUCAUCAUCGCCGACGGCUUCGAGCUCGCCACUUUCACCGCCAUCCGCGCAGCCUUCAAGGCGCAGGGCGCUCUCACUUUCGCCAUCGCCCCGAGACGCCACCUCAUCAACCCAGCCUCUGGCCCCGCCGUCAUGGCCGAUAACCACCUUGAGAGCAUGCGCUCGACUAUGUUCGACGCGGUGUUCAUCUGUCCGGGUACACAGAGCACUCUUACUCUCAGUGAGAACGGCCGUGCGAUACAGUGGGUGCGCGAGGCCUUCGGUCACUUGAAGGCUAUCGGUGCUCUCGGCGACGCCGUGUCCUUCCUCCAGGAGGCUGCACUCCUCCCCGGUGUAACCCUGGCGCUCGAUAAGACCUCGAGCAAGGUGGUGACUAGCUACGGUGUGGUCACAGGAUGGAAUGCGGAUGUCGGCGUGCUCAAGAGUCUGUCCAUCGAGCCGAGUGAGACCGCGUUCUCGAGCGCGUUUGCGUAUGCCAUCAGUAAGCAUCGCUGCUACGAGCGGGAGAUGGAUGGGUUGGUCAAGAAGAUUGCGUUUUAAUUCUUUGGCGGAUGGGGUUGUUUUCUUUUCUCUUUAUGUAUAUUAGGAUUACUCACGAUUUAACUGGCUCAAUGAUUGCAUCUUUCUUCGCUCAUGUAUUGUAAAUAGCGACUUGUGUGUAAUACCUAUAACGGUCUGAUAUAGACGCAAACGAGAACGAGUCAUGAUAUGUCACCCAUCACUGUUAUCCCACCG